AUGGCGUCCCUACAUUACAGGAGUGCAUCAGCCACUGAACGACGAAGCACUCACCACCCCGACGGUACAUCUCGCGUGAACUCGACUCGGACCCAGAACUACGAACGACCAUUUGCUCGCGACGCAGAUUCUCCAAUAUACCCUACCGCCUAUAGCGAGGUCGGCGAGGGCACACACAAGCAUUCCAAGAGCGAAAAUAGGUUCAGCGGACUGGAAAGGCGGCGGGAGAAGUCGACUGUGACCACAACUGAGACGCUGUUGACGCGGAGGAGUCCAAGGAAGGAGACUUCGAAUGCUGAGAGUAGGAAGAACAAUGCUGAUCGGAGACGGAGUGCUGGUAGUCCAGUUCCCAAAAGAGCCUCCAACAACGAGAACAUAGGACCAUGGGCUCCUUCUGUGUCAAUAAUCCCACAUUCUUCUGCGCCUUUAGCCACCAGAGUGACGGCACCACCAUUAUCGCGCAAUGCGCCCUCGAGUCUGGAUCCGGUUGCGCUAGAGACCAUGUCCAUGCAAGAGCAAGAACGAGCAAUCUUGGACGACCUGCUUUAUGUCUUUCUGGGAUUUGAGGGACAGUAUAUCCGCUUUCGGGACAGUUACAAUCCGGCCGACGAGAAAGAGCGUCUGAAUGGACCUCCAUUCGAGCCAUUACCGGGCUUGGACCCGAGCCUGAAGGACCUGACGAGCUCAAUGCUGUCCAUGGCAACCCAUCAUUGUGCCUUGGAGGCCUUUGUCGAGGUCCAGAGCAGAGAAGAGUUUGGUUCUGUCAACCAUGCGCUCUGCGCAGCCAUUCGCAAUCUCCUAAAGGACUUUCUCAUCCUCGUUGCUCAGUUGGAAAUGAAGGUGCUGAACGAUCCAACCUUCACGUUACACCAAAUGCACAUCGCAGUCAUUCCGACGAUGCAAUGUCUGGCACAGUUAUACUCGUUGGCGCAAGAACUGCUCAAGAAGAACUCCCUUCUGGAUGAAGAUAUUGAUGAUUCUAUUGAUGACUUCGACCCGGACAACAUCAUUGAGCGGCUGAAGGAGGGUGGCGAUCUAUUACCCGGGAGUCUCAGCCAUAAAAAGUGCAUUGGUGGUAACGUCUUGGGCCUGUUAACGCAUCGACUGUCGACCUUCUCUGGGGACCCCGCUGCCCGACGAAUACUAGAGAUGUUAUUGCGAGAAUCUAGCAGACCGUACAUGGUCAUGCUCAACGAAUGGCUCCACCAUGGUGGCAUUAAUGACCCGCACUCGGAAUUCCUGGUUGGGGAGAGGGCGAGUAUCAAGCGAGAGCGGCUGGACGAGGACUACACCGACGAAUAUUGGGAGAAACGCUAUUACAUGCGUGAGAAGGAGAUCCCUCCGCAGCUUGAAGCGGUCAAAGACAAGGUUCUGCUGGCCGGGAAAUAUCUCAACGUCGUCCGGGAGUGUGGCGGUGUCAAUGUCUCCAGCAAGAUAGUCGACACUCCCGCAACCUUUGACGAUCCCCGUUUUCUCGACAAUGUCAACAACGCUUACUCAUUCGCAAACAAGGAGUUGCUCCAUCUCCUUCUUACGAAGAACUCGCUUCGCAGUCGCCUACGAUCCAUGAAGCAUUACUUUUUCCAAGAUCGCGCCGAAUUCUUCUUGUAUUUCCUUGAACUGAGCGAAUCAGAGCUUCGGAAAAAGCACAAGGAUGUGAACAUCGGCAAACUGCAAUCGCUGCUUGAUUUAGUGCUCCAUCAGCCCGGGAGUAUAGCAGUUGCGGAUCCAUUCAAAGAAGAUGUCAAGGUCAAAAUGAACUCUGUGGGGUUGACGCAGUGGCUGAUCAAGGUUGUCAACGUGCAAGGAAUGGACCAGGACAAUCCAGAAUCCAUGAUGGAUCAGUACAAGACGCCGGCAGCUGCGCAGGCUGCGUCGGCGGAAAAGAAUCGAAGGGACAAAAAAGAAGACGAAGAGAAAGAAAUCAUCGGAUUCGAUGCCCUUGAACUCGACUAUACCGUUCCGUUCCCGUUGUCAUUGAUCAUAAGUCGGAAGACGGUGAUGCGAUACCAGCUCAUCUUCCGAUACACGCUGGCCUUGCGUCACCUCGAGACUCAACUUGUCGGAUGCUGGUCUAUCCACGCGAAAGAGAAGGCCUGGAUCCACAAGUCCUCGGACAGGAGAUUCGAGCUAUGGAAACGGCGAGUGUGGACGCUGCGCUCGCGCAUGCUCGUCUUUGUCCAGCAAAUGCUCUUCUUCGCCACGGCCGAGGUGAUUGAGCCAAAUUGGCAAAAGCUCAUGCUUCACGUCGACGACGCAGAGCGCGACGAAGAGACGGAAGAAGAGUCGAAUACCGGCGGCCUCCGGCCCAAGUCAAAGCCCACCGUGGAUGAGUUGAUGCAGGAUCAUGUCGACAUGCUGGACUCGUGCAUGAAAGACCUCGGCCUCACUCAAGCCAAGUUGCUGCGAUUGCACGCCAAGCUGAUGACGGGCUGUGGAAUGUUUGCCUCUUACGUCGAGCACAUCACGAAAACCCUGUAUGAGGCAGACACCAGCCUCCAGGCCCAAGGGACAACAGGAAAAUCUGCGGGGACGGCGCCUCCACAACUGCCGCCUCCUACCGACCCGGCCCGGAUGAAGAGGAUCGAAGAGUCGAUUCGGAAGUAUGAGGAGCAUUUCAAUCGGCAUCUGAAGAUCUUGAUUGAUGCGCUCAACUGGUUCGCGACUACGGAGACCGUGUCUUUGCUCAGUCUCUGCGGCCGCUUGACUUAUGCGGAAGUCCAGAGGCGGGACGAUCUGUUUCUUUGA